AAACACCUGUUUAAUCCAUAUGCUCUUAUUAUGCAUUCUAUCCAUCCAUAUGAUUAGGAAAUUUUUUUGAUUACUUCUAAUGUUAUACCAUGUGCACGUGAUUUAACGGCCCCAAUUUUACUUCCACAUAAAUUCAUGUUCAAAGAAUUGUACUAAAUAAUAUUAAAAUAUCCUUUUACCUACUAAUAAUAACUUGCGUACUAUGUCAGUCAGUAUUUUGGCGAAAUACUGACAGUAGUAGGAUUAGUAGUGUAUAGAUUAUCGGGAAAAAGUGACAGUAGUCUUUGUUUAUAUGCUUAUUGAUGUGUAUAAAAAUGCUUAUUUAUCAGUAGUUAAGUGUUUAGUAGAAUAACAAUGCACUGAACCGAACUGGUGGAGAAAGUAUAUUAAAAUAUGGAUUCACAAAACUGUGAGUAUGUGGAGAUAUUCAUGGACAAUUUUUCGAUUUGAUGAAAUUAUUCGAAGUUGGUGGAGAUCCUGCAACAACCAGAUACCUUUUCCUUGGAGAUUAUGUGGAUAGAGGAUAUUUUAGUAUCGAGUUUCAUGUCGCUGUAUGGAUAUGAGUUAGACAAUUCGAACUGAAGUGUAUUUGUAUUCAAGCUCUAUGUUGGUUAAAACUGUCUUGGACGUAUUGUGGAUAUGCCUUCAAUAUAUGAAUAAAAUGGUUAUUUUGUCACUGCCUAUUCUGUUUGUGUUCUUUUUCAAAGAAAAUUAUCGUAGUACAUAAUUCAUUAUUAGUGUUCUAUCCCUGUGGUAAUCGGUGUAAUAUAUAUUUUCUUAGUUACCAUCAAUAUUUUUUCUCAUUUCGACCAAAAAAUGAAUCUAUAACUACGUUUUUAGAAUAAGAAGCUUUGUUGACUAUGCACAUUGUACUUCUGUUAAACCACGUCUAAACCUGGCCUUCUAUCGAUUGUAUUGGUCACACUGUUACAACAAUAUCUGUAAUUAUUUUUACUAAUAUUGUCAUACAUUGUAUCUUUUCUGCCAGUCAUUUAUGAAAUAUUUUAUUGCCAUUGAACGAUGGGACUUACUAAUAUUGUAUUAUUCCCCUCUAAACGAAAGUUUACUGUUAACAUCAUAGCCAAUACAGACGUUUAUCUUUUAAUAUUGUUUUAGUAAAUCUAAUCUGAUGACUGUCAUUUAUUUUAUUUUGUGUACUUGCCUUUGAGGUUUUAUUGUCCCUUCAUCAAAUCUUAUCUACUAUACUGAACCGUAUUUAUAUCCAUUCCUUUUAUUCAGUUCAUUGGAAAUCUCAACUACAAACUCUGAUCAUACGCAGUGCUUGUUUUGCAAUCACUAUUCUAUGCAGAUGUGUAUGACGCAGUGAAAUGUUGACAAUAACGAAAUGUGUUUUAUAUUUAUGGGCAUUGAAAAUUCUUCAUCCAACAACAUUUUAUCUUCUACGUGGUAAUCAUGAAUGUCGGCAUUUAACGGAAUACUUCACUUUUAAACAAGAAUGUAAGAUAAAAUAUACAGAAGAGGUUUAUGAAGCCUGUAUGGAAGCAUUCGAUUGUUUACCGUUGGCAGCUUUGAUGAAUCAACAGUUUUUAUGUGUUCAUGGUGGUCUUUCUCCGGAAAUUCAUACUUUGGAUGAUAUACGUCGUAUUGAUCGAUAUAGAGAACCGCCUGCGUUCGGUUCAAUGUGUGACCUUUUAUGGUCUGAUCCUUUGGAAGAUUUCGGGAGUGAGAAAUCAUUAGAUCAUUUCUCUCAUAAUUGUGUUAGAGGUUGUUCUUUCUUUUUCAGUUAUGAUGCUUGCUGUGAUUUCCUACAGACCAACAGUCUUCUCUCUAUAAUACGUGCACAUGAAGCUCAAGAUGCUGGUUAUCGUAUGUAUCGAAAGAAUCAAGCCACUAAUUUUCCUUCACUCAUCACCAUAUUUAGUGCUCCUAAUUAUCUUGAUGUGUAUAACAACAAAGCUGCCAUACUUAAAUAUGAAAAUAAUACAAUGAAUAUACGACAAUUUAAUUGUUCACCUCAUCCUUAUUGGCUUCCAAACUUUAUGGAUGUAUUCACUUGGUCUUUACCAUUUGUCGGUGAAAAAGUCACAGAAAUGCUUAUGAACGUGUUAAGUAUAUGUUCUGAUGAUGAAUUAAUGAAGGAAGGUGAUGACACGUUUGAAGGUGGCACUGUAGCUGCUCGUAAAGAAGUGAUUCGUAAUAAAAUACGUGCAAUCGGUAAAAUGGCUCGUACUUUCACAGUGCUUAGAGAAGAAAGUGAAUCUGUAUUUGAACUGAAAGGUUUGACACCAAAUGGGAUGCUACCAUUAGGUGCAUUAUCUGGGGGGAAAGAGUCACUAAAUAAAGCACUUUCAGGUGUUUCACCUAGAAAUAAAAUCAUCUCUUUUGAGCAAGCAAAAGCAUAUGAUCAGAUUAAUGAACGUAUGCCUCCUAGAAGAGAUAGUUCAGCAUCAACUAGCGCUGGUACUUCCGUUCGAACGCUUGGUUCUACAUCUCGUCAAAGCGAUAAAAGACCAGCACCUAAUCCACCUAUUGUCACUCCUAACACUGUAGAUUCCACUCAAAUCUCCGGUUAUCGGCGUCUCAGCGCGAAAAGCAAUACUAGCCGAACAACUGCAGAUGAAAACGACAUGCAUCGUUCGUCGAGCUCUACUGGUCUCCGGAGUAGUAAUGGUGAAACUGACGUAAACUCCGUAACAAAAUCAGCACAUGCUACAUUAAAUUCGUAUCCAUCAAUUUCAUCUAAUAUUCGAGAUACAAAUCCUCGAAUACCGGCUACUAGCUCUGAUAAUUCCACUAAAAAAUAAUUGUUUUUAUUUCGUUUUGCUUUCAGUUCAAGUCGUAUAUAAGUUUUCCCCCUAUAAAACCAUUUUUCAUUCAGAACAUUUAAACUUCAAGUCACCCACAAUGUUUUUGCCAUUAUUUAGAACAAAAUUUGACCAUCUGCCUUUUAGUUUUGUUCGCUUACUGUUUUCUUGUUUUUCCUCGUUCCCUCUGGAUUUCCAUCACCGAUUAUUGUUAAUUUGCCAGAUUUAAAUCACAUUAUUUUUCUCUACAAUUGUCUUUCCUUUAAAAUCCCUCUGUUUGUUGUUUACCUGCUUGUAUUGAAGUUAACUAGUGUUCACAAAGCUGUCAUGUUUUUUUUGAAUGCUCGAUUGUGUGUAAAGGAAAUUUGUAAAAUACGAUCUAAAUGUAACAGGGAAUGUAUUAAAGAAACGGCUAUGAAUUCCUUAUUUCUUGUAAUAUAUAUAUAUAUAUAUAUAUAUAUAUAUAUAUAUAUACGUACAUAUUUCUCAUCCAAAAUGUGUAAAAACGAAGACAAAAAAUAUCAAAUAUUACAUUUUGCUACUGAAUUUGCUCACACACAUACUUACUGUUCGAUUUUUCUUGGGGUUGAUGAGAAAGGUUUACAAAAAUUUACCCCCACUAAUGUGUAUAUAAUGAUAAACUUGAAAAGUACAUUAUCGCUUUUGUUGAUAGACAUACUUUCUUAUGUCAUAUUCGUUGUUGUUUCUACUUAUCCAGUUCUGUUUCGUUUUCAGUUUAGUCACUUAAAUGAAUUCUUGUGUACACAUACUAUGUUGGUGCUCGAAAGGUUGUUUACUUGAAUAAAAGAAACUAGUUUAGUUGAAUAAUAUUAGAAAGAAGUAGAGCUUAGUUCUUCUAAUCUUUCAGUAUCUUCAUCCGUCUGUGUAUGUAUGUGUAAUUACAUCUAGUUUUUUUUAAAACAAUAGCUGCUGGUUCAUACUUUUUUAUGUUCCUCUGGUUUGUCCGCUUUUUUGUGCUUUAUAAACUUAAUUUUUUUAAAGAUUUUGAUGUAUUUUUCACUGUGGAGAGUUUAUUGUUUUUUUUCAAAAUCUUUAUACCUGUUCAUUGGUCUAACUAGAUGUGUAAUGCAAACGAUGUUCCUUGUUAAAAUAUUGUUUCCAUAGUUCUCACUCUGGAUAUACAUUUUAUGUGUCUGAUCUUGCUUAUAUAAUUCUAAUAAUAAUGAUAUGAGUAAUAUUAUUAUUACUAAACGCAACGUAAUGAUGAUAACUUAUUCUGUGUAUUUUGAUUAAAUCUAUAGUAAUUUUAUUUUUCCUCUGUUUACCAAAUUUUCUAAUUUCUCUCAUUAUCCUAUUCACAUUGUCGAUAUCAUGAAGAUUAUGUACUUCGAUUAUUCUACCUGUGUUAUUCUCUUGUGUGCUUUUCCACUAGAAUGAUCUCACUGUAGUAAUUGAUGAGAUAUUUUUCACAUUUCUAAUGUUUGAUCAAUAAACAACCACUAUGUACGUGUAUGUAUGAAUUGUUUUUCCUCCCUCUUCCUUCUUCUCUAAGUUGUUCUUUGUUGAUUUCAUUUUGUUCUCUGAUUAUUAUUACUUUUAUUGGUUUGCGUUGAGUCUUCUACUUAAGUUAACUCGUCGUUUAUUUCUAAAAGCAAACGUAUAAACUGCACUUGUGAAUUUUCGUUCUCCAUACAAAACUAAUAGUCAGUUAUAACGUUCUGCGGAAUACAGCGGAAGAGCAACACGUCGUUUUACAUGAUGAUAUAAAGAAUGAACGUGAUCACUGAUUUUGUUGUUUCUCAUCGUAUUUAUAUGCUAAUACACUCCUUUCAUCUUGUUCUCGUUUGUGUUUGUUAGAACUGAUGUCAAUAUUUCUUCAAUUUUCCGCUUUUACAAAUUCGAUUCAUUAAAACAAUAGAGUAAUUCGCUUAGCGAUAAGUAAAAGCUAUUUCAAAUUUCUUCUCUUUCCAGAAAAAGAAAACACCAGUUAAGAUUUACUUUGUUUGUUCGUAUUUUCUAUUUUGUACAUUUUUUGUGUGUGCGAAUUUUCCGUAUUUUUUUCGCACAAUACAACAUAACAUAAAUGGACCAUAAAAAUUAUCUGCCAAACAGAGCAUAGAAUAACACCUUUUAUCAUCUUCAAUAUUAACUACAUCUUUUUCCCCCUUUUUAAAAUUUAUCGUAAUUUAUUUCGAUUCUUCCUAUCGGUCUAUUUAGAUGCACUAUCUACUUAUUUAUAUAUCUGUUUUGUAGACAAUAAGAUUCUUCAAGAGUAUUAACUAAGUUUCAGUGUAUACCCUACUACGAAACACAGUGAUUUCUUCAAUGUUAUUCAUCACUUUAUGAUAUUUUAAGAUUAAUAUGCUUCAUUUUCUUUACUCUUCUCACCUUUUUUUUAAUCAUAUUGUACUGUCUCAAUUUUAUGAACCAAGUAAUUAAUUUUGUUCUUAAGCGUAUUUUUCCUAUAAAUAAUCGAAAAUUCUAGAAAACAGAACAUCGUGUAAAGAUAAAAAAAGAGAACCAAACUUCUCACUUAUCGAUUGUUGAUAUAUGUUACCAAAAACGGUGAUAAUGCAGUGUAAAACAAAUAGUAUCAAACUAAUCGUACACAUUUUAUUGUAUACGUGUAUUAGUUUGUUCGUGUCUAUUCCUCAAUGAAAAUGUUAAUGAAUUACCAAGUUUAAUAACUGGAAAUACGUCAUUUUUGUUUUAUUCCAAUUGUUUAAUUAAUAAUAUUGUUAUGUUAUGAUUAUUCCCUCUUCCUCAUUUUAUAUUCAUUAUUUCUUUCUCUUUCGUUCAUCUAUUCAUUUAUUUAUAAUAUCGUGAAUCAAUAUUUCAGUAUGAUUACGUCAAGAAAAUACAUUUUAAUGGGUGACCAAUUAGAUCAAGAGUGGAACAGACACUGUUUCUCAUUUCGCUUAACUAACAAAUAGUGUUUGUGUUUAUUUCCUUUCAUUUGAUUCAUUUUAAUAUGUAAUCAGAAAAAUAAUAACAUCCGAAAAUGAAUUUAAACAGAUGUAAUUUUAUCUGAGUUGCCUUUUUGUGUUAUUUUACAGUGUGAACUCCUUGUUUAAUUUUUUGUGUGUUUGUGUUUCCUCCUUCCAUUUUUGCUUGUUUAUUUUCGUCGCCUGCAUACACACGUGCAUGUGAUCGACUUCCGACUUAUAGUUUCGGUGAAACUGUCUCAUCAUUUGAUUCGUUAGUUUCAUUUCCAAAAUUUACGAUUGUACAUUAUUUGCUUUUCUUGAUGAAUGACCUAGUCUUUCUAUUUUAAAGGCAACUAAAAAAAAGAAGGGGGAUCUGACAAAUACUUCUUGUUUUCUGAAUAAAAUCCACCAUCAUAUAUGUUUACAUUAUGAAAAGUUGUCUGCAAUUCUCUUUUUCUUAGUAUUUCCGUAUUUUUUUUCCUGUUCACAACACAUACAAUGAUGAUUAUAGCCAGUUUGUUUUAUUUUAAUUUUUGACUUGUUUUCCUAUUUUUCAUAAAUGUUCUCUGAUAUGUGUGUGUGUGUAUGUUUAUGACAUUCUUGUAAUUUUUACUGUCAUUAUAAUUGCUACCAUCAUUGUUAGCAUUAAUAUGACACAUUCGCUUAUGACGAUAUUGACUGCUACUACUAAUUGAUACAUCAGGCUCUAAUUUUGUUCUAUAAUAUGGUGUUAAUAAACUGUGGAUUUGUGACUUAUUUUUUACUAUUUUCAAUGUUACUUGAGAUGAUUAUAUAUAAAUAUACUUACUGGUCUUCUGCUAAUGACACGCUUAAUUAUAGACAGACUUAUGACGCAGUUUUUUGUGUUUAUUUUUAAGAAGCGCGUUCCUUUUAUAAUUGAAACUAUCUGAUUUUCUCUGAGGAAUAGCUUACAAAAUUUAUUUACAAAUAUAUUUCAUUUAGACUACCUUAA